AUGUUGAGCUUGACAGCAAUAGCUUGCGCGUCUAUCAUAAUUGCAUGGGUUUUGUGCCGUGCCCAAGAAGCGCUCACCGCGUACAAGGUGGACCGUAGCAUCGGCCAUCAGAAUGGCUGCAAAAAAGCUCCCAGGCUCAAGAAUAGGUGGCCGCUGGGCGUCGAUCGCCUGAUACAAAUCUGGACGGCUGACGCCGACCAGCGCUUGAUGGACCUAUUUACGUUCCAUUUCAAGGACGUCGGCACUACUCUUGAGCAGAAAUUUCUAGGCACAAUUGCUUUUGGCACUAUUGAGCCUAGAAAUCUGGAGGCUAUGAUGUCAUCCCAAGAGAAGGACUUCGGAUUCGGUCUUCGUCGUCAAAUAUUUUUUCCACUUCUCGGCGAUGGUAUUUUCACUCAGGAAGGUGAACCUUGGAGACACUCCAGAAAAAUACUUCAGCCACAAUUUGGGAAACAACAGUAUAACGACCUAGAGGUCUUUCAAGUCCAUAUAAACAAUCUUCUUGAUCGUAUCUCAGAAAAGGACGACCGUGUGGAUCUGCAGUCUUUAUUUUUCCGACUCACGCUAGACACUACAACGGAAUAUCUUUUUGGCAGAUCGAUCAACAGUCUUGCUGAGAAGCAGGGCUCAAAAGGUAGCGGUUUUGCUGAGGACUUUGACAUUGCGCAAAACUAUGUUGUACAGCGCUUUCGACUACUGGAUUUAUACUGGAUAAUUGGAGGUAAAAACUUUCGAAAUGCAUGUGACUCGGUGCAUCGAUUUAUUGAUGGCUUCAUUGACUCGCGCUAUGAAAAAGCCGAUGAAAUUUUAGAGCAGGAAAAACGGUACAGUCUUUUCGAUACCAUUGCAGAAAGCUCAACAGAUCGAAAGACAUUGAGAGCACAGUUACUAAAUGUUUUACUCGCUGGUCGGGACACAACUGCUUGUCUUCUUACGUGGACAUUGCUGAUAAAAUUUGCAUCUGCUGUCGUCCCGCGGAGGAUUUCUCGCUUUGAGACAAGCCUAAUCACGGGGCUCGAAGUAGACUCCGAAACUCUACAAAACAUAACACAAGACUUUGCACCAGUGAUGACUCGAUACCAUGUGUACUUCUUCUGGGAGCAGCUACCGACAAACCUUAAAUACUCAACGGACUAUGUUGUGGCACGUGACAGUGCCGCGCCAGUGAUAGAUGGGACCAAUCGAUGUGCGAUCGCCGCAAAUCAUCGAGAUAUGUGUAAAUUUGAAGAUUUCGAUUCGCCUGGUUUCAAGGUAACCAUUGCAGCUCUGAAGCGAUAUGUUCAGGCGGCACCGAGUGUUGUGAAGACUCGCUUGGAGGAAAGCGCAAAUAUGCUUGACGAAAGACGGAAGAACGAGGCUUUGGAACUGAUUAAAGACUGCAAGAUCCCUCUAUCCUCUGGCUUAGAGAGAUAUCGAGGCAUUGCUAAGGACACUUUUAGUUGA